GGCGGGGCGCGGGGAGGGGCGUUGGGACGAGGUGGAGCGGGGAGCGGGGAGCGGGGCGCGGAGAGCAGCGGAUCUUUCAACGAGCUGUGAACCACAACUGUUGCGCUGCAUGGCAGCGGAUAUUGGCUCGCGGGCUGGGGCGGGUCGUCAUCGCCGAUUGAGCUCCCGCUCGCCCUCCCCGUCCAGGCAUUCAUGGCCGCCUCGCUCUGACAGGCGGACCGACUGACUGACCGCGCGCGCUUGCGCUUUCUGCUUUUGCUCUGGAAUGCGCUUCUGAUCCCAUUCCUCCUCGAGCGCGCUGCUCUCCUGCCGCUCCACGAUUCCUCCUCCCAGCUCCUGGGAUUCCCUUCUCUGUCAGUCCCGCUCGCAGGCAAUUCGCGGUCGCCUCCGAGAUUGUGGGAGGAGGUGGGGGUGAAUUUUCUACGGUGUACAUUGGAGUACGAGAUGAGCAUAGCUAUAGCGCUUUCUAGCCAUACUUGUGGUGGAUGUAUAUCCGGCUCCAGCAGCAGAGCUCAGCCGCUGGCACGCGCCACUAGCUCGGCAUGGAGGGUCGAUGGGGCGGGGGCGGGUGCGGAUGCAAAGUCGCUUCAUUGCAAUUCCCUCGGUGCGGACUGGAAUGGUUGGGUGUACAGGAGCGGCCUGUUUCGUAGUGCGCAAGUUCAAGUCGCAGGUGCAAAUUCUCAAAAUUUGAGUACGAGGUUCAUUCUCUACUCAGCUGUGGCCCUGUCUAGACCGUGUGGAAUUCCAGCCUCGAGGCCUGGUGGUUCUUCUUCUUCUCUUCAUCGAGGAGGUCGAGGUCGAGUUAUACAGAACUUGGAAAGCCGUUCGUUUUCGAGUGGUAUUCCUGCAGGUCUAUCAUCUCCCCUGCCAGAGGCUAAGACGCGAAUAGCUUAUGGCUAUUACUUAGGACCCGCUUACGGAUACGGAGGAGGUUUUGGAUUCGGCGGAGGAAGCAUUUUCCUACUUCUAAUUCUUGGCUUCCUCGCUGUUCAAGCUUUUACUAAAACUGGCUCUGAGGAUGGAAGCUUUACCAGAACGCGCGAGAAAGUCAGUGUUUUGAAGCUGCAGGUUGGUCUGCUUGGAAUCGCGCGGAAUUUGCAGAGCGAUCUUGAGCGGAUCGCAGAUCGUGCGGACACUUCAACAACCCGUGGACUUCACUAUGUUUUGACUGAAACCGUCUUGGCUCUUCUUCGCCAGCCAGACAUGUGUAUACUCGGAACAUCCUCGGCUGAUGUCAAACGAAGUGUUGAAUCUGGUGAGAGGAGGUUUAACCAAUUGUCUUUGGAGGAGAGAGGCAAAUUCGACGAAGAAACUCUAGUGAACGUCGAUGGAAAUAGGAAGAAGGAUAUCGAGAGAGGUCGGAAUGACGGCUUCGGCAACGAAUACAUUGUGGUCACAGUACUCGUUGCUGCUGAAGGAGAAUACAAAUUGCCUGCCAUUUACAGCAACAGUGACAUGAGAGAGGCUUUGAAGACACUUGGGUCAAUACCUGCAGAUCGACUUCAGGGAGUGGAGAUACUGUGGACUCCUCAGGACAAGAAUGAUACUUUGACCGAAAGGGACUUGCUACGCAACUACCCACUUCUGAAAUCAUUGUGAGGUAGCACCAGGCACUACAUUCAUUUGAAACCCGUGGAGGAUUUCUACUUACUAAUGUAACGAGACGAUGUAUUGGUCGUCGUGUAACCCGUAGAGAUAAAGGUGUCUGAAGGAUGAAGAUUCUUUUUGAUAUGCUUAAUCGUCUCGAAAUAGCUCCUUUGCGACGAUGUUUGAGUUAUAGUCACUGUCGAGGCGCGAUGAGUCUCUUAGUGAACAGGUUUUGAGUAGUUAGACUUCGUCUGUUCGUUCCGCCAUCAUACUGUAGUCUAGAGGCAUGUAGUCAUGUUAAUUUUAGGAAAGAACUGUUAAUGUACUAUACCGAGUCAUACGUAACGAACGCUUGAAAUUAUUUUCCAGCCUGUCUUGGAGACCUGGUGAUCAAAUCGCUGGUGAACAUUCCUCGUGAUAUGUACCUUCGUCUUGUAUUGCACCAAUUGCA